AGCAAGUCGACGGCUUGCCUCAUAGGUUUAACAGGACUGGUCACGAGUCUACAUAAUGAUUCAUCCUGGGGCAUGACCCACUUCCUUUGUGCCUGUUCUCUGUUGACGCUGUCAGUCUGUUUUGACUGGCUGCCCGGGUAAACGAGACUCACAAAAUGACAGCGAUGGCGGAGCCGCCAUCUCCAGCAGUCAAGGAGGCCAAAGGAAAGCCAGGCGCAUCAUGGAAAAAGGAUGAAGAGCAUGUCGUCCCCAAAAAUCGCAUAGGCAUUGUGUUCUUUGGCUUGAUGUGCUGUACGUUUUUGGCAGCUUCAGAUCAAACUAUUGUAGCCACCGCUUUACCGACAAUCGUAGCUGAACUUGGAGGGGGUAAGAACUAUAGUUGGGUGGGAAGUGCUUACAUGUUGGCGUCCGCUUCUUUGGGCCCGGUAUAUGGCAAGCUGUCUAACAUUAUAGGCCGUAAACCCAUGCUAUAUGGAUGCAUCCUCAUAUUUUUAAUUGGCUCAGCGCUGUGUGGUGCAGCUCAGAAUAUGACAUGGUUGAUUGUUUGUCGUGCAAUUCAAGGAAUUGGCGGUGGGGGCAUCACACAGCUCGUACAGAUCACUAUUUCCGACAUUGUUUCAUUGCAAGAUCGAGGCAAGUAUGGUGGCUUCAUUGGUGCCACUUAUAGCAUAGCAAAUGUUGUCGGACCGUUACUCGGCGGCGCUUUCACCGAUCAUAUAUCUUGGAGGUGGUGCUUCUGGAUUAAUUUACCGACUGGCGGCGUAGCUGGGGUACUUUUAUUCUUUUUCUUGAACUUAAUUCCCCACCAAGGAAGGCCAUUCCGCGACCAUAUCCAGGAAUUUGAUUUCGUUGGGCUUUUUUUGAUCAUCAUAGGUGUCGUUUGUCUGCUUGUAGGUUUCAACUCGAGCGAAACGACAUGGCAAAGCGCCGAAACCAUUGCCCUCCUUGCUGUGGGAGGCACGUUGCUCAUCAUUGGUGGUAUCAAUGAGAUUUUCACAAAGCGGUCACCCAUUAUUCCUCCUCGUCUUUUCAAGACACGUACAACCGGCUUGAUAUUAGUUUCUACGUUCUUGCAUGCUGUGGUAUUCGUUUCAGGUUCUUACUACCUUCCAAUGUACUACCAAGUUCUUGGCGCAUCAGCAACAAGUUCUGGCAUCAAAAUGCUUCCUUAUUCAUUGACCAGUGCGCUUGUGGCGGCGAUUUCUGGAAUUGUUGUGGCUCACACAGGGUCCUACCGCCCUAUCAUGUGGUUUGGAUGCACUGUCAUGACUGUUGGUUCGGGCCUCAUGAUCACGCUGGAAAACGCGACCGCUAUUGCGGAGCAGGAGAUCUACCCCCUUAUUUGUGCCCUCGGACUCGGUUGCUUGUUCGAGACCCCGAUUAUUGGCAUACAGGCAGCCAUGCCCAUUAAGGAUAUGGCUACCAGUACAGGUGCUUUUGUUUUCCUUCGAUCUCUUGGGGGCACGGUGGGUAUUACGAUCGGGGAGGCUAUCAUUUCCAGUGUCCUCCAGCAGAAAAUACGGGGUAUCCAAGGCCUCACCAUCGACACGUCUGCUGCGGCUUUGAAUGAUAGCGUCAGGCAGAUUUCUUCCAUUUCUGACCCAACAGUGCGUAAUGAGGUCAUGCGUGCUUACACGCAGUCUAUCAGCACAGUUUGGUUGGUCAACACGCUGCUAGCUGCUUUCGGUCUCUUUCUGGUUCUCUUUAUUCGUGGCUAUACGCUCAAGCGCACAGUCAUCCGCGACAGCGAGAAGAAGGUAGACGACGUUGGGAAGGGUGCCGAGCAUGCGACAGUUGAAGAAGGCUCACGAGCCACGGAAUUUGAGCCUUUGGACAACGAAAAGAGACCAGCCUCCUGUGAUGACGCUACUGAAUACACACGAAGAGACUUGGCUGAAGAUUCUAGCAACCAGAAGACGGAAGCAUAGAGUUAGACAGGAUGAUACCCCUGUGUCUUAGGCAUGCAGGUGGAGGGAUAGGUGAUACCUGAUUGCAUCUCGGUCGAUAGACCUCAAUGAGUUGGCGCUUGACAAUGACCCAGUGAACUUGGUAAAUUGUGUAGCUUGUAUUAGAUCUGGAAAGCUACAUAGCAUACGUAUUUCUCUCACCUGCGCGUCGUGUAUGAGAUGUCCUUCGUAAGAUGAUGCUGUCUUAGAACAGUUGUAUUACAUUACAGCUUUAAAGCUUCUAAUGGGUUUUCUCAGUGUUCUCAGGCGUCCUCAUAAGGCUUGCAAGCAU